GCGUAGAGCGAGGCUUCCGCUUCAUUCCCAGCCGGGCUCUGAGCGGAUCACUUCGGGGACAAGAGAGAGGCGCUCGGCCCAAGCCAACGGAACCAGUGCUGCAACAUGUCGGAGCCGAAAUACCAAGAAUGGAUCCUAGAAACCAUCGACUCCCUGCGCUCGAGAAAAGCCCGACCGGACCUGGAAAGGAUCUGCCGAAUGGUCCGAAGAAGACACGGCUCAGACCCGGACAAAACCAGGGCUGAACUAGAAAAACUGAUCCAAGAGCAAACUGUGCUGAAAGUUAGCUACAAGGGGUCCAUCUCCUACAGGAACGCUGCUAAAGUGCAAAGGAAAUGCCGAAAGAGAACGGAGCAAACCACCGACAGCGGCGAGCCGCUCUCUGAACACGACAGACACGCCGGUGUCAUUAACGACAGCGCGCUCAGCCUCACGGACCAAGAGGAGUGCGAGGACAAGGAGCCCGAGGAACCCGGGGUGAGCCCGAGUCCUGACCCCCUGCCUCAAACCUCGCCCUCCGCUCUUGUAAAGGAAGAGCAGAUUUUACCACAAUCUAGCGGAAACACUUUUGUUAGUUGUGGUGCAUCAGGCCACUCCGCCGGGAGCGUGAAAGCAAGUGCAUCGAGAGACAAGAGAUUAGUCGCCGAGGCGGGGGCGAGCGGCUCCUCUCACCGCGAUGCUUCAGGCGCGAGCGGACGGGCCGAGGGAGACAGGCCGCUCGCCGCUGGACACGAGGGCAGAGAUCAGGAUGAGGAGGAUGAGAAAGAAGAGAAAACUUGCUCGAGCGUCAGCAGUCCGCCUCCGAGAAACAAGAUCCCCGCGUCGCCCAAACCCAAACUCAAGGUGGGAGCAAAGGGCACCGGGGCGCGCUGCUCGGAGUCUCCGGACGGGAACAGUGCUGAUUUGGGCGAUAGACUGGUUGCCGCGGUCCGAAGUCUGACCGAGAGACACCGGGGCUCCGCCGCAACGCGGGGCCACGCACCGCCGGGACUCAAAGAGAUCCUCGACUUCCUCAGCACGCAGCGAGGGAUGCCCGAGGAGAAGCUGACCCGCAACCGCGUCAAAGUGGUGCUGGAGCGCGAGAUCGAGAGGGGUCGUCUCCGCAGGACCCGCUUGGGCCACAUCACUCUCCCCGCGCGGGGGAUGGGGGCGAACAAGCCGUCCGCGCGGCUCCCGAGGAGCGCACCGCAGGACAGACAUCUCGCGAAAAAGGAGGAGGUGAAGGAGGAGGAAAGGUUGGAGGUGGAGGGUGACGAGCGUGGCCCGGAGGAGAACCCAGCGGGUCGGGCGGAGGACUCUCCCCAGACCCAAGCUUGCACUGACCCAGUCUCACCUGACACAGAGGUCCAUCACGGCACCAGCUCACCACUGAUCUCUGAGGGGAAGUCCCAGUCAUCUUCAUCGCUGGAGACGUCAAACCAGAGCUCCUCACAGCAGGAAGUAGACGUGGGUGGAAGUGAAGAGCAGACAACUUCAGUCGAGCCGGAGGAUGCUGGUGCUGAAAAAAACACAGAAGCGACUGAUCAGCUACAUCCCAGCACUGAGGAUCAGGUGAUUGUGAUGUCAGAGACAGAGAAGGCUCCAUCAUCAUUACCUAUAAGAGACUGUUCAGGCUGUAAGCUGGAAGUGGGAGUUUCGUCUUGUCUGCUGACUCCCUCGGCUUCACCAGGAGCGGCUGAAGAACGAGGGAUGAAUGAAGGAAUAGCUGGCGUUGUGAAGCUGGAGACGGGUGGCAUGAGCCCGGUGCACUGGACUGUAGCAGACGUGGCCAGCUACUUCACCGCGGCUGGAUUUCCAGAGCAGGCGCUCGCCUUCAGGACACAGGAGAUCGACGGGAAGUCCCUCCUUCUGAUGCAAAGGAAUGAUGUGCUGACAGGCCUGUCAAUCAGACUUGGUCCCGCCCUAAAGAUCUAUGAAAGACACGUGAAGGUUCUGCAGAGGACACAUUUCCAAGAUGACGAAGCUUUCUGCUGAUACACACACACACACUUAUAUAUAUUAGCUGUUGUACAUGACAAAGUACACCUGAACAUAUACCUACAAUAUUUACUCAUCCCAGAACACGCAUAUUUCUGAACACAUUCAGUGGGACUGUUCAGGACUUUCUGGACAGAAACAGUUCUUGUUUUGUUUUUUUGUUUGUUUGUUUGUUUUUUCAAUCGGUAAUCCAACAGCUAUUGGAAAAAAA